ACUCAAGGCAACUCAGGGUGCAGCAGCAGCAGCGUUUCCUCCCCUGGUCUGGAGAAGAGAAGAGAGGAGAACUCCUCUUCUUCGGCGUCGCCUGCGUGCAGAUGGAGCCGAGCGGGACACGCUGAAGGCUGACUUAACACUCUCUCUCUCUCUCUCUCUCUCUCUCACACACACACACACACAAAACCGAGCGGGAGCUGUUCGUCAGAGCACCAUCACUGACAGUUGUCCACACGGGGCUCGCACAGGUCGACAAGUGCGCCCAACUUCACCGCAACGCGCCCGGAGUGCGUCCAGACCAGCGGCCGUGUCACCCGCCUCUGUCUUGUUUGGACGCGACACUUCGCCCUCCGCCGCCGCUGUGUGCAUAUGUGGCCACAAUGUGACGCAUUUGCGCCUUUAGCUGUUUUCCGAACACCGGUGCUUUUUUCUUUCUUUUUUUUCUGGGCGUGUGACGCGUUUUCGGACAAGUUCGCCCCCCUCAACACACACACACACACACACACACACACACACACACACACACACACACACACCAACCCUCCCGCCGCUGAUUGGUAUGUUCGUCAUGUCCGCCCGGGUGAACUUGCGCCUCUCUCUGUAGAAGUCGCGCACAGAGCGGAGGGAGGACCGGCGCUGAAGUUGCCUGGGAAUAAUAACCACAAUAAGAAUACGAGUGACAAGCCCAGAGGAGUGCGGAGCGCAGAGGAGGGGAGGAGGAAGAGGGAGAAGGUGACGGCUUCGUUCAAGGGGGGAAUUUUGAGCGGCUUGAAUUUACAGCCAGCAUCAUCAGCAUCCGAGGACCCAACAACAACAACAACAAACCAAACUGCGGGGGACUGCCGCUGCUCUCCCUCCACACACUUCCAGAAGCCCGGCCAGUGGAUCCCAGCUCCUGAAGCCACAGCUGCGUAAACUUGGCCAGAUCUGGUGACAUUGUACCUCCUCUCUCCCCCCUCUGUGUGUGUGUGCGCGCGUGUGAGUGUGUGUGUGUGUGUGUGUGUGUGUGUGUCUAGCAGCCUGGAUGGAUAUGCGGCUCACCGAGGGAAUUUGAAAAGCAAGGAGGGGGGGGGAUUACUAUCAGUCUCUCUCCUAUUAUAACCUCAAAAUGGAUGCCGACGACAGGCUGUGGAGACGCCGCUGGAUUAGCCACCCUUCCGCCGGUCUGCUUGGCAUCUGAGCGGCGACGAGCGUUCAAAGUUUUGGGGGAUAAUCUAACAAGGCUGAAGGUGUAGGAUGCAGUCUGGAGUGAAGACGCUCUCCGCAGGUGGAGGUGCGUCACUCUGCUGCCUGCUGCUCCUCUGGCUCAUCUACUCCCAUCUGCUCAGAGAGGGCCAGUUGGCGGUGGGAACCUGUGAGAUCGUGAUGCUCAACAGAGACAGCAGCGUUCCCAGACGGACCAUCGCUAGGCAGACGGCCCGCUGCGCCUGCCGGAGAGGCCAGAUCGCCGGGACCACCAGGGCGAGGCCAGCAUGUGUAGACGCGCGGAUCGUGCGGAGCCGUCAGUGGUGUGAGAUGGCUCCCUGCCUGGAGGGGGAGGUCUGCAGCCUCCUGUUCAACCGAUCCGGCUGGACCUGCACCAGGGGCAGCGGUCGCAUCAAGACCGUCACGCCUUUGCCCAAGGAGCCGUCGUAGGAUGCAGAAGAAAACUCCAAGUUCAUUGACAUCCAUGCUACGGAAGGAACAGAGGCUAAUCACUACACCAGAAUAUUGUGUUCAUUCACCACGAGGCUCCCAAACUUUACACCAGGCUUGACCUUCAGUUAAAAAAAAAAAAAAACUA